AUGUUCCACUUCAAGAUUGGCGGUUUCAGGUUAUCAAAUCUGCAUGUCAGUAAUUUACUAGCUAUAUUACUUGACCGUAUUCAAGAGUUUUCACCAUAUGUUCAGAAAAAAGAUUAUUUCAAAACAUGUCCCGCACAUCUGCCCGACAGCAGCGACGAAUUGGGAUCUAGAACAUCAAGCGAAUGUCGUUCGAAAGGAUCCAAAUUGAUCAUUAGUAGUCCAACAACAACAUCACACCCAUGUCUCAAUCUUCUUCUCUCCGGUUCUCAAGCGCCGACUCAGCAGACUGACGAUAAUGCUAAAUUAACUAGUCAUUACAAUCGAGGAUUUGGAGCUAGUGCUCUCUUGGCUUCUUUAAAUGCAACUGGUCACCAGCAUCAAACGGAUACUCAUCCAACUAGACUUUUCCAACCAACUGUAGAAUCACAACAAAUAUCACAACUAGCUGAAAGAAACUAUCAGCAAAGGAAUUUGGAUUUUACCAAUUGUAGCCCAUCACUUCUAGCUACAAACUCUGUAAUUAAUCAAAACUCUGCAGAUAACAAUCGGAGUUCUGUGUACGUUUUAUCUACGUCUAACAGAGCACCUAAUCAAUCACUGCCUAUGCAUUUUUCUUAUCGUAAUUUACCACAUGGUUCAACAAAGCAUAUACAGUCUAAACGCAGCAGUUUUGACGAUGGCAUAUCUUCAAAUACUCAAGUCAAAUCUAAUUCAGAACUAAGUAUGCUUGAGAUGGAAUCUAUUGAGUCACCAACUCCUUCUGAUAUGAAUUCUCCAGUUGAAUCUUGUUUUGCAAAUAUAAUGGAAGAUCAAGGAAGUGAUAGCUUUGAUUUGAAUAAUAUUACACCGUCUAUAAAUCUUUCAUCAUCUGUUGGCAUUUCCGAUUCAACAAGUGAUUUUCCGCACCAAACACCGAAUUCCUCCGAACGUUUACAACAGACUACGUCAACUUCAACAACAGCAAAAACAAUGCUACAAACUGGGAAUAAACUGGAUUCUUUAGUACAAAUCAGUCCUGUAGAUGUGAAUUCUUUCUUUCUUAAAGAAAGUACCAAAGCGAAUCGAGACGAUACUGGUAUGACAGUGUCUUCAUCAUGUCCAGCUAAUGUACCAGAUGAUUUAUGUAUGACAGAUAACAGUACUAGUCCAUUACAAUCAGGAUCAAGAGCACCUCAAUCGGUGCUUAGUGAAAGCGGUAGCAGUCCAUUAGGUGGUUUAAAUAGUACACCGGAAGGCACUAGUCUUCCUGUAAGUCAUGGUCCUCUAAGUAUUGGAAAUAUAUCUUCACCAACUAGUGGUCGAAAUGUAGAUGAUCAACGAGUAGCCUGGAUGAGAGAUCGAUCGAAAAAAGAUAGUCAUAAUCGAAUUGAACGUAAACGACGCGAUUAUAUUAACUGUCAAAUUGCGGAACUUGGAAGUUUAUUACCUGAGGAUAUGUUCAGAGAUGGUGAUGGUAAAAAGAAUAAAGGGAAUAUACUUAAGAAUUCAGUGGAAUUUAUUUGUUUAUUACGCUCGGAACUGGCACAAAUACCGGAAGUUCGAAGAGAAACUAGUUUAGCUGCAAAAGUUAUUGGACAAUUAGUUAAACGUAUUCAAGAAUUAGAAUCAGUUACCAAUGUUGCAUCUCUUCAAACUCCACAUUCAAAUCGAAAUAAUUCAGAUUAUCAAAAUCUCUAUCAAGAAUGGAGUAUGUUGCAUGAAAAUAAUUUAUUACAUUCUAUGCCUUUAUGUUCAACUAAUUCACCAAUUACAAGAUGUUCAUUUCCACAGUCUACAACAGCUGGCGGCGGUUCAUCACCUGGUCUAUCUUCUGUUGGUACAGAUGAAAUGAAUAGUAGUGAUACGAAAGUUGUUUUUUCAAGUAAGUUAGUAAUAUUAGUAUUAUCGUCAUAA